UUUCUUUUUCUGCAACUGCGAUCUAGGAAGAAAGGGGGAAGUCUGUGUGCGCCUCUCUGAACUUCGUUCUCUUUCUAAUUCGACCUCAUUGUCUUCCACUCGCACCUCAAAAUCUUAGGAAAACCUCCGAAGAAUCCAAGCCUCAAAACAUGAGUCGCGGAAGUGGAGGAGGAUACGAUCGUCAUAUAACUAUUUUCUCGCCUGAAGGUCGUCUCUUUCAAGUGGAAUAUGCUUUCAAGGCUGUUAAGUCUGCUGGCAUUACGUCAAUUGGCGUCCGAGGGAAGGAUUCAGUCUGCGUUGUCACCCAGAAAAAGGUUCCGGACAAGUUCUUGGAUCAGACUAGUGUCACACAUCUCUUUCCCAUCACCGAGUACCUUGGUUUAUUAGCGACUGGGCUGACAGCUGAUGCAAGGACAUUGGUUCAGCAAGCAAGGAAUGAAGCAGCUGAGUUUCGCUUUACAUAUGGAUAUGAGAUGCCGGUGGAUGUAUUAGCCAAGUGGAUUGCUGACAAGUCACAAGUCUAUACUCAGCAUGCUUACAUGAGACCACUUGGUGUAGUUGCUAUGAUCUUGGGAAUUGAUGAAGAAUAUGGACCUCGACUUUAUAAAUGUGACCCUGCUGGCCAUUACUUUGGUCACAAGGCUACAAGUGCUGGAUUGAAAGAUCAAGAGGCAAUUAAUUUCUUAGAAAAGAAGAUGAAGAAUGACCCUUCAUUUACCUUUGAAGAGACAGUGCAGACUGCUAUAUCCGCACUGCAAUCAGUUCUUCAAGAGGAUUUCAAGGCCACUGAGAUUGAGGUUGGGGUAGUGCAGAAGGAAAAUCCAAAGUUUAGAGUCCUAUCCACGGAGGAGAUUGAUGAACACUUGACUGCCAUAAGUGAGCGUGAUUGAGUUCUAAGCUGCUGUGAGAUCUUGGGGGAGGAAAAUCUUGAAUUCGUUAUAUGAUGAGGAUAAUUGUUCAAUUUUUAUCAGCUUAGCUUAAAUUGUCAAACAUGUUAAUUCUUAUUCCUUUGAUAUCUGAAUUGAUGUUUGCCAA